AUGCCGGCCAAACAAUCGAUGCAGCUGUUCCGGGCUCUGCGCAUGUCGCAACCCACGCUUCGUCAGCCCAUCAGCCGAGUCUCUGUCUGCCGAUUCUACUCAACAUCUACCGAAGAUGCACCUCCUCCCCUUCUGUCCAAGCUCAAGGGCGAUCUUAAGACGGCCAUGCGUGCCAAGGAUACUCCUCGCCUGACCGUUCUCCGAGCUAUCAUAUCCGCCAACCUCAACGCUUCCAAGACCUCAACUCCGAUCAAAACAGAUGUCCAGCUCGUUGCUUUGAUCCGCAAGAUCCAAAAGAGCUCUCAAGAUGCUGUCGCUGAGGCCAAGGCUGCCAACCGUGAGGAUCUUGUUCAAAAGGAGGAGGAUCAGAUCAAGGUCUUGGAUGAGUACCUUGCCAACAGCGGAGUUGAGAGCUUGACAGAGGCUCAGCUCAAGGCUAUGGUGCAGGAUGCUGUUGAGGCUUCAAAGGCUGCUGGCACUCAAGCCAAGUCCAUCUUGGGCGACGUCAUGAAGCGAUUGUCCGGUGCUCUCGAGGGCAAGGACGUCGACAGAAAGGAGUUGGCCAAGAUGGUCAAGGAACUCACUGGCUAA